AUCCGAGAAAUGUCUUCAAAAGAGAUUGACGGACUCAGAAAAUGGGAAGUCUCUGUUAGGCCGCUCAUCUAUCUAGCUGCGGUUCGGUUCAUUCCCAAAGCGAUGGGUUCUUACUCAACAGCUGCCUUUGUGUUACAAGUUUUGCUAGCGCUGGUUCCAACCAUCACAGCACUGGAGGAAUCACACGCUUCAUCAGGAUCGCAGGCCACGAACGCUCCCGUCCAGUGUAACGUUUGCUGGAGCCUCGUAAGUGCUGCCCAGUGUCAAAACAGUUCGAAAUCCGAACCAUGCUCUCCCGAGCAGCUUGAUUCGACCGUGAGCAAGCUGCGCAUGAUUCAUCCGCAAACACCGGACGGAAGCUUACCGGCAGCGGGUCAAGUGCCGUACCGUUGCUUUACACUUUCCGCCACGGCGGGAAACGGUGAAGCGAAGCAAGUGUUCUACGCGAAAGGAUGCACAACGACCACGGCAGACCUGUGUGCUGGGUGGGCAAAAGCAAAGAGUGAAAGAGCUGCCUGUACGCUUUGCACCGGGAACAACUGCAACACUGCGGCACCGAUGGAGGUUAGUCAUAGCGCCGCAAUUAAAUUAAACAACAAAAACUGUUCUUCCUCAAAUAGCAACCGAGCUGGUGCAGUAGAUGGUUCGUUCAACUGGAUGGUAGCAAUGACAUUGCUGGGAAGUUUGUGCACUGCAAUCUUUAAACAAUGAUCUAGAAGAGCAGCUAUGUGAAUCCCAUAGCCUAUUCACUAAAGAAAAAAUGGUGAACGUUUUCGGGUGUAUGUUUGUACUGAAACCCAUUUGAAACUAAAUUAGUCUAUCUAGAAGAGAUAGUUCUAGAUCAACGUCUACUGUUACGUGCGUGUUAUGAUACAUUUUUGGAUGUUCACACUAGGGUGAGAUGACAUACGCCUCAACAUACGGCCAAAUUUGUGUAAUCCUUCUGCUAAAGUUAAGGAAUGCUGGAGAGUCAGAAAUAUUUGGACAAAAUCUUCCUUGUCAGCAAUAAUGACGUGUGGCUGACGAGCGAUCCUUGGGAAAGAAGUUGGUCCUCCAAAGUCCCAUUAAACAUUACGGAAUCCAUUUUAAGGCCAGCUUUCAAACUGCUGCACGCCAAUCAUCGUAAAAUUUGGUUGAACCAUGAGACAUAUUCAACUUUGUCUAGCAAAAUGCAGCUAUCUUUGUAGUUAUUAAGAUAGCAUCCCAUCAACACUUAACAGCGUUUUCUUAAAGAACAGUUUCAUCUUUCGCUUUCCUUCCUUAACAAAGUACGUAAAUUUAACCAAUGAGUCAAGCAUAGUUCCCUUAAACAAGUGAUGUAAAACUCAAACUUUGAUUUGCCUGGCUGGAUUCAACGGAGAAUAAAAAUCGCAUCCCGAUUGGACAAAUACAAUUAAGUAUAAAAGCCAUAUCAAACGGCAUUAAGCACGAAAACGUUAUUACGAAUAAACGAGAGAAUGAUUUCGGUUGGUGGCGUCCGGUUGAGAGGCCAAACUUUUCAUGUCUCAUAAAUCACAUAUUAAUCGCA